CCCAUUGGCCCGAUAGCGGACAUCUCUGCGCUGUUCGGCUUUUGGAUGUUUGACGGCAAUCGGUUGGAGACCAGAGUUGGAGAACCAUCACUUUCACUUUAUUCUUUUUCCAUUGUUUCCACUUUCUGCCCAACACACAACACAACUGACAACUGCAAUGGCUUCUUGAAUUUCCAACGUGCCCACCACCGGCACUCGAAUACUCUACCCAACACUAAUACUGUCACCACCACCAAACAAUGUCGCCAUGUCGAGACCCUUAUAUCUGGUUCGAAAUCGCCACGUCCAUUCCAUCGCUACCAUGGUCCCUAAACCACCCAGGAUGACCGUCUUCCGCUUUCCGGGAGGGGGGGUCCGGCACUUCUCGGUCUCUGCCGCCCGCAGACAGAUCCUCGACAUCGCCGCCCUGCCCGAUCGCAUAGUUCCGCAUUACCAACAGACAAAGGCAUCUUCCCUGCUGUCUCUCAUCUGGCCCCAACCGCCGCGCAACGUCCUGCUCAUGCCCAAACUGCAUGCGCCCCACGUCAUCGUUUCCGCCGCCGAGUUCGCCAAACACAUCCACACCAACUACCCCGGCCUCAACAUCGUCUUCGAAAGCCAUGUCGCAAAGACCAUUCACGAGCAGCUGCCCUUCCCUAUCUACACGGCCGCCCCGGGCGAGGCCAGCAGCCUCUUCGCCAACAAGAUCGACCUUGUCACCACAAUGGGCGGCGACGGCACCAUCCUCCGCGCUGCCAGCCUCUUCUCCAUGCACUACCAGGUGCCACCCAUUCUUUCGUUUAGCAUGGGCACCAUCGGCUUCCUCGGCGAGUGGAAGUUCCAGGAAUACAAGCGCGCCUGGCGCGAGUGCUACAUGAGCGGCUGCUCCGUGUCAGUCGAGGACCUUGUGGGGCCACACACCCAAGUCGCCGCCCGCCAGGCCGCCAAGGCCAACCUGACCGACCCCAACAAGGACGACCACACUUUGCAAUCUCCCGCCUGGGACGCCGUCCGCGGCAAUGGGCAAUGCAUGGGUCUCAGCCGCUCUUCCAAGAUCCUCCUACGCCACCGCUUGCGCGUAGGCAUAUACGACGCCGAAGGGCGGAAUAUCAAUGAACAGCUCAUCCCGACUUCCACGGCUGAACCGGGGAGUCCGAUUCCGGAAAUCGACGAGGUCACUUACCCCAGCCCUAUUUCUGCCCCAAGCACUGGCGGGAUCACGAAAAAGGCCCCGGUACCCUACAUCCACGCUAUUAACGAGGUUUCCAUCGACCGCGGUGUCCAUCCCCACCUCGCUAUAAUCGACAUCUACGUCAACAACCACUUCCUCACGGAGGCCGUGGCCGACGGCAUCCUCAUUUCGACUCCAACUGGAUCCACCGCCUACUCGCUGUCAGCAGGCGGGAGCAUAGUCCACCCAUUAGUAAAAGCCCUGCUUAUCACGCCCAUCAGCCCGCGCUCUCUCUCUUUCCGGCCUUUGGUCUUGCCACUAAACACAAAAGUCGUCUUGAAACUAAGCAAGCGCAACAGGGGGCGGGAGUUACCAGUCAGCAUAGAUGGCAAGCGCCGGGUGGCGGUCAGUUACGGAAUGGAAGUCCGUGUGGAAGGAGAAAAGCUCGAGAAGACGGUUGAACACGGCUGGCGGGGUGGAGUGCCGUGCGUGAUUCGGUCGAGUUCCAAGGGCGAUACGGACGGGAUCGCGGAGGAUGAUGAUAGUUGGGUUGGUGGGUUGAAUGGGUUGUUGAAGUUUAAUUAUCCUUUUGGGGCAGGGGAGCCGGAGGGGCAGCAUUGAACUGAGUUUGGUUGCUGAAAGAAUAAAACGGAGGAAACAGUGUCGGAGGAAUGUGUUAUGUGCAAGAGAACCAAGAAGAUACCACGGGGAAAGGGGAAAAGGUUUUAUCCGAUGGAAUGAGGAUAACGUGCGCGCGGGCUGGAGAAGGAUGGACUGAAAAAGACGGAACGCCGGACGGCAAGAAAGCCGGUCCGGAAAUCGGGAGGAAGAAAAAACAGAUUUUACCCUUAACGUUGUAGCAAGCAAGCGAUAGUUGAGCUUAUGUUCAAAAGCAUCAGAAGAACAAAAUGCAUUGAUACCCCCCCCCCCCGAUGAAUGCUUCUCAUUUUCAU